AUGGCGUUUUGGGAGUACACGCUGACAGGAUUCGGCGAUUUCCUGGAGCAGAGAAGCAUCGCCUUCACGGAGCCGAUGUCCGCUACUCGCGUCUGCAGCACCUGCGGCCGGGUGCCUUCUAGCUCCGUGCUGUUGGCCUGCGGUCACGUUUUGUGCGAAGAUUGCCGAUGUGAAGUCCUCGGAGUAAUGGUGUGCCCCUUCGACGGAAAAGCUUCCACGGAAGGCCAACUUGUCCGGCAUCGCUUCGAGCUGUCUGACCUUGAGACGCUGGGCGUUGUGUGCAUGGUAGGCGGCAGGAAGUGCGCUACCUUCGCUGGAAAAUUGUGCGAGCUGAGAGAUCACCUGCGCCAUUGCGGCGGCGGGGACGUGAAGUGCGCCAAGUGCCACCAAUCCAUCGCACGUGAUGCGGCCGUCGAUCACUACCGACAGUGCUGCGACGGCAACGCUCCCCGCCAUUCUGUAAUUGACGUGCGAGUACAACGGGCCGUCCAAGAAUUUCGAGGCUUCAAAGAAGAUCUCGAAAGCCUGCAGCAACGGGCGUCGAAAGAGUUUGAAAGCGACGAUGAAUUUCUAUUGGACACCAACGGAUUAGUUGAAAGACUGGCCAGCCUUGACCGUGUACUGUCCGAGGCGCAGGAAAUGGCCAGCGGCGUCGAUCGUGAGACGGUUCCGCUUCAAUCAUCGACGAAACCACCGACGCCAGGACCUUUCCGUGCAGCGUCAAAGCCCGGCGUGUUCAUCGCUACUUGCAAGUUCACCAAUGUGUUCGCCGCGCGCGACACGCUUACGCAGACUAAGAAGGAAUACACGGUAUCGAGCGAGGUGUGCACGUUGAGCGGUUACACAUUUAGACUGCAUUGCCGGUUCUUCUUUUCGGGAGGUGAAGGCAGUGAAGAGGUGAACGUCAAGUUCAUGAUGUGCCUCCAGAAUGGGGAAUGGGACGAUUACCUUCAGUGGCCUUUCACAAAGAAAGUGACGUUUACCAUCCCACACCCCAGAGAUGAGACCAAAGAUGUUAGGCUUACGGCACUCGUUGAAGGUUAUACCAUUGCCAAGAAGCCGCGCCCUGGUGCUUCAAACUUGGGAUACUGGACGGAGAAGAAGAGCUGGAAUGACAUUGAAUAUGAAGGCUUCGUCACUAAAGACGGUUUCUACAUGAAUGUGGAAUUUGAGUAA